AUGCGGUGGCCCAAGGUUAUACUGGCGGCUAUUAGUCUAUUUGGCUCGGUAUUCGGCCAAUCAGACACGGUCGGGUACACCGAUAGCGAAACAGGAAUCAAGUUUCAGUCAUUCACUGAUGCUGACACGCAAGUGUCUUGGCGUGUGGCACUUCCCGAGAAGACUGAGGGCGAUUACGAUGCACUGAUCCAGAUCGAAGGCCCAGCAAACCUCGGCUGGAUUGGUUGGGCAUGGGCCGGUACUAUGGCAUACAACCCUCUGACGAUUGUUUGGGCCAAUGGUAAAACUGUGGUCCACUCGUCUCGUAUUGCUUACGGGUUCUACACACCGUCCGUCUACAAUGAGACUACAUAUCAAGUCCUCAAGGGAACAGGUGUGACUGGAGACACCCUCAAGUUUACGGCACUAUGCAAGGGCUGUACGACUUGGAAAGACUUCGAUGGGAACACCCAAACCCUGGACCUGACACAACCAGCUCGCCUGGCUUAUGCAUUAUCCCACGAGGUCGUCGAAAGUCCUUCGAACAGCAGCUCAAACUUCAACAUACAUGAUAACGUUGGGCACUGGAAUGCCGAUCUUGUUGCUUCUAAGUCAGCGGAUUUUAGCAGCUGGGUCUCGAAAAAUACCAUCCCAGCAUCGAACGAAUCCUUUCAUUUCAGGAACAGGCGAGGCGCUUAA